CACCCCUACCCCACCCCUACCCCACCCCUACCCCACCCCUACCCUACCGCUACCCUACCCCUACCCUACCCCAUAUUGCGAAGCAAUUGUUAAAGACCAAAACAUGCGAGACAUAAUUGUUUUUUUAAGUAAAGUUUUAUCCCCACAUCAACUUCACAGGGAUAAAUUUAUCGCGUUUAAAUGUCAAAAGUCCCAAAGUAUAUCAUUUUAUCCACUCCAUAUGCCAUAGUCGAGGAAAAGAUCUCCACGCGUAAUGUCAAUCGGGGAUUAAUUUGUCUUUCCCUUGUGGUCAUGCUAUGACGGGUGGAUUUAUAUCCUUAGUCAGUGGAUAUAAUGGGUGGAUAAAAAUUUUAUCCCUUGCCCAUGCUAGCCCGGCAGCUGUUGCAUCUCGCACCUAUUCGGAGAAUAUAAAGCCUGAAAGAGAAGAAACUUAUCAUACUCAUCAAAUAAAGCAGACGCAGAAUGAUGUUUUACAAAUAAGAUCGAAAAUGACGUCAUCGCGAGGCCGAACACGAAGCGAGGUACGUGACGCGGCGGAGCAUCGGCGGAGCGAGGACCGCGGCGCGGGGUCGCGGGGCCCGCGCGCUGCUGUGCUGCCGCCGCGCGCGCGCCCCCUGGCGGCCGGCGCUAGCCAGCGACGCGCCGCGCCGGGCGCGACCAAACUGUGCGGUUACUGUGGUUGUGUUCAUAAAAAGUUUGAAUGUCCGGCGUACGGACAGAAGUGUAAUCGGUGCUUUCGAAAAAAUCAUUUUUCUCGCGUAUGUGGAGUGAAUUAUAUUGAGAACUCGGAUGAUGAGGAUAGUCAGGCGUCCGGUUAGAUGGGGUUUUGAAGACCAGCUUACUUAGCGACUGACCUGGGACUUCUUUGUUUUUUUUAAUAUACAUAUAUAAUUGUUUAAAUUUUUUUUAUCUCACUUUUCAGUAAAUAAUGUGUGACGUGUGAUGCAUGUUUGUCUUUUCUUAUAAUUUUGUGUUGAUUUUAAAUAUAUGUUUUUUUUCUUUAUAAUUUUGAAAAGGGGGAAAUGUUCA